CGUAGACCUCAGGUCCCUUGUUGACUUUAUAGAGACCGAUCUGAGAAGUGCUUUUUCUGCAACAGUGUAAUCUAAUCGCUGUGAAGUUUAGAGAUCGUUAUCUCGUCGAUUUUUUUUUUGAUUUCAGCAUGUUCUUGUGGAACCCGAAGGACUGCAUCAGUGAUUUGGCUAAUCGACCUGAUCCAGAUGAUGGACCGAGACGGAGUACUGUCAUCGGCAAAUUUCGUAAUGCAGCGGUUAAGGAGUUUGGUCCGAAGGAUACUUCUGUCGACAAGACGAACUACCAGAUAGUUUUGGAACUGGACACACGCGGUGAUAAGUCCAUACAGAAGAAGGUCAUGGAGAAAGUUUCUGCACUAAGUGGAGUCUAUGAUGUAUCCCUAGAUACGGAGACUGACACGUUAAUCAUUAAAGGGGACACUAAACUACACAUGGUAGUAGAAGAGGUGGGAAACUAUUGCGAUUGCAUAAGCGCAAAUAUGAGUAUCAUGCAACCUGAGAAAGAAGAUGAAAAGAGUGUUUUGGAAGGGAAGGUUUCUGCGGGAAAUCUGCCGCCAUCAACCUCAGGUUCAGGCGACUCAGGCUCAGAGAUCAACACUCCAGUCGUCUCAGGAAAAUCCAUCAUCACACCACCUAACGUGAGGAACCUAGAUAUGUAUUGGUACUCCUUCCAGAAUUUCCUUGACCAACGCAAGCGUCCAUUGACUCUCUCUGGGUGCACAGCCAAAGACGCCAUUGAUUUUCUCUGCAUGCGGCAGACUUCAGCCAACGCAGAGGUCCUUGUUCGCGGCCUCAGUGCUGCAUGUGAGGCAUACGGCAUUACACCCAAGGAAAAUCCUUUCCGCAGCCUACCUGUAAUAACAUACCUGAAGGAGACGAGGAGGAUUACUCGAGAAGCAGACUGCGUAUUAGUUUUUUGGUGCAGUGACAACCUUGACGAGGACGAGACACAUUUCGUUGAAGCCAUCUUGAAAGAGUUACUCGAGCAAGGGGUCACUCCUUUGACAUACAGUCUUUCUCAGAGAGAGAACCUAGAUGAGAAGAUGAUGCUUUACAGAUCCAAUGUUGGUAUUAUGGUAGUUUCGAAUAGUUUUGCUUAUAGUAGGCAGUCUCUGGAUCAUUUGGUGGCAAUCAUGGAAUAUUGUAAAGCAAAACACCUUGUUAUUACUCCUUUAUAUCUCAAGGUAACACCUUCAGAAAUUUUAGGUUGGGAAGGCCGUUUUGAACAAGUACUUCCGUCGUAUUCAGAUUUUGUCCAGGCAGACAGAAUCCAGAAAUGGAAGGCGGCUCUGACUGACAUGGCAUCCAUUGAUGGACAUCAAUGGUCAAAGGGGAGUCAGUUUAUGCUUGCCAAGAAAGUAGUAAGGAACACAUGCUUCAGGCUAGAUUUGAAAAAUAACAAGAACCUGGUCAGAAUCUUAGCAUUGUUAAAUCACCCCCAGCCUUUAGAUGCGGAAAUUGAGGGAAUCUGGGGCAUGGCAGGAAUAGGUAAGACAUCCAUUGCUAGAGAAAUUUUUGAAAUACUAGCUCCACAGUAUGAUUUGUGCUACUUUCUGCAAGACUUUCAUCGUAUGUGCAAGAGCAAAGGGUUGAGGCAAAUGCGUGAUGAUUUCCUCUCCAAAGUAUUUAGAGAAGAAAAACUAGGUAUAGGCGCUUGUGAUACAAAACCGAGUUUCAUGAGGGAGUGGUUCCAGAAAAGAGCGAUUCUCGUUGUUCUCGAUGACGUGAGUAAUGCAAGAGAUGCAGAAUAUGUAUUUGGAGGGUUUAGCUGGUUUUCUCGUGGGCACCGAAUCAUUUUAACCUCUAGGAGUAAACAAGUUCUUGUGCAGUGUAAGGUUAAAGAGCCCUACGAGAUACAAAAGUUAUACGAGUUUGAAUCUUCUCGUCUCUGCAAAAGAUAUUUAAAAGAAGAAAGUGCCAUCAUUUCCGAACUAAUGAGCUGCAGUAGCGGUAUACCACUGGCUCUCAAGGUUUUGGUUUCCUCUGUAUCAGAGCAGCAUGUGAACGAUAUGAAGGAACAUCUCCAAAGCUUGCGGAUAAAUCCUCCAACCAAGAUUCAGGAAGCAUUUCGGAGAAGCUUUGAUGGACUGGACGAAAAUGGAAAGAACUUAUUUUUGGACCUUGCAUGUUUUUUCAAUGGGGAGAAUAAAGAUCAUGUUGUGCAGUUACUUGAUGCUUGCAGUUUUUUCACGUAUUUGGGAAUCUGUGAUCUCAUUGACGAGUCUCUCAUUAGCCUUCUGGACAAUAAAAUAGAAAUCCCUAUUCCUUUUCAAGACAUUGGUCGAUUUAUUGUUCAUGAAGAAGACAUGGAUCCAUGCGAACGCAGCAGAUUGUGGGACUCUAACGACAUCAUUGAUGUUCUGACAAACAAUUCAGGAACAGAAGCGAUUGAGGGAAUCUUCCUGGAUGCGUCUGACUUAACCUGUGAAUUAAGUCCUACUGUGUUUAGUAAUAUGUAUAGACUUAGAUUGCUGAAGUUUUAUUGUUCCAACACCUCUGGGUACCAGUGCAAGCUAAGUCUACCACAAGGCCUCGACACUUUGCCUGAUGAGCUAAGGCUACUUCACUGGGAGCAUUACCCUCUGGAUAACUUGCCUCAGAAAUUUAUUCCGGAGAACCUUGUAGAGAUAAACAUGCCGUAUAGCAACAUGGAGAAGUUAUGGGAAGGGAAGAAAAACCUCGAGAAGCUAAAGAAAAUCAAACUGAGUCACUCCAGAAAAUUAACUGAUGUCCUGAUGUUAUCAGAAGCCAUGAACCUUGAACAUAUUGAUCUCGAAGGGUGUACGAGUCUGAUUGAUGCUAGCACAUCUAUUACUCACCUUGGGAAGCUUGUUUCGUUGAAUAUGAAAGACUGUUGUCGUUUGCAAAGUCUACCUUCCAUGGUCGAUUUAACUUCUCUCAAGGUUGUUAAUUUGUCUGGCUGCUCAGAGCUCGAAGAUAUUCAGGGUUUUCCACCAAACCUAGAAGAGCUAUAUCUGGCUGGGACUCCCCUAAGGGAACUUCCGUUCUCAGUAGAGGAUCUCAGUGAACUUAGUACGCUGGAUCUGGAGAACUGCGUAAGGCUUCAGAAACUGCCAUCUGGAGUAAGGAACUCGAGAUCUAUUGUCAAUCUUAAACUGUCUGGCUGCACAAGUCUUGAGCUUGGGAAGCGGAAAAGGUGAGUGUGGAAGCGCAACGGAAUUGGAAGGAUGAAUUUGUAAAAGAAGGAAACCAUAGUCUGUAACAUAAGUGAAGCAGUGAAUUUCUAAGCCACAAAAGCCAUAUCCUUAAGUGACUUCCUAUAAAUAAGGCUAUUGGCUCUCCAAGCUUUGUACGCCUCUAUUCAUGUGGUAAAUGAAACAUGUGUUGCCCCAACCAGUGCCUGAGAAUCGGCUUGCCCUUUGUAAUACAGUGAAACACUGUUGCUUCACACAGCGAUUUUUUUACUUGAGAUGGUUUACAUACAGCUUUAGAAGCAUGUGUAUUCAUCAAGGAGUGGAUGGCUAAUCAACAGAGCAUGUUACCAUUCUUCUCUUGAAUUGAUUGAUGAAUACACAUGUGUUAUGUGGGCUGCUGUACUGGAUUAAACCCGAAGGGAAGACAAGGCUCGGCCCAUCUAGAAGGCAGCUGAUCUUAUCACUAGCCAGCUGUCCCUAAAGAAUAAAGAAUAACACGUGAGGGACAUCCCAUGUGCUCCUAACGGCCUCGUCACCUGCGUGUGACUGAGGUUGGGGUUCUAUUUAUAGCUUGUUAAGAGUAGAGAGAAAGAAGUCACUGUAAGGAAGCCUGCUUGUGUUGUGCAAAAAUGCCAUUGCUACGGAGUCUAGUGAAGCAGAAUGAUAAGGUAUUAUCUAGCAAGAGGGAGACGAGAGACAAAUCAAAACAGGGUUGUGUCGACCUUUUCUUGCUGGUGAUGAUUUGCCUCACUGGAAUAAUUGGUGCAAAGUUGUUAGUGGGAAAUCAGGGCGUGGAAAAGCAAUCCCAGAGUAGCAGGAAGAGAGACACAUCUCCAAGGAAGUACAUCGGAAGGAAAGUGAAAUUUCGUAUUGUCAGGAAGAAAUGGUGUGUUCAACAGCUUCAUGGGUGGCUAGUGGCCAUUUUCAGAGGAAAGAAGAUCACCUGGGUAAAGGCCUCUGUUAGGAACCACGAGGGGAGUCAAGGCUGCAAAUACAAGAGGAAGAAUGGUAGUGAGCUUCUUUGUAUUUCUGCAACUCCUUUUAGUGUCAAAGUUUUAUCAGUAGGUAUGGAAAGAAAGAUAUGGUCUCAACGGCAGAAGAAUACCAAUGAAGGGAGGAGUUAUAAUUGCCUUUGGGAUCAUAAGAUAUGGUUGCUAAAAAUCACUCAGCAGAAAAAGAAGAAGAAAAUGAUCAAGGCGAGGCAGUUUGCUGCCUUUACGAGAAGGAGAGCAGUGUCAAUGUUUAAAUAUGGGGGUCAAAAAGAGUCUAUCUCACUGGUCACUGUGGACCUGGCAGAGUUCUUGUUGGGGAGAAAGGAUCAUAAGGUACAAAGAGACAUCAAGGAGCUGCUGUCUUGGGAAACAAUGGAGACUGUAGCAAGGUAUGGUGUGGUUGCUUGUCGGGUUACCCAAGAGUAUGAAGACUCAACUCUGGAUUCAGGUUACAACAUGAUAUUUGGUUGGGUGAUACCACUCUCAAAACAUGCUCCGUUAUAUGGUAGAAAGCAACAUCACAUUGGUUGGGUUGAAAUAAGAUAUCCCUUGAGAAUUGCAGAAGGUGGAGAAGGCAUAGUAAGGCAGAUGGAGUUCACCUUACCGAACUACGAAGAGGAUGCUGAGUUUACCGGAUGUAUGGUUGAGGAUGCUGUCAAGAGAAACAGGCAAAGAGAGCGUUAUGAGAAUCUGUUUGAUUUAGCCGUCAGUUAUGUGCUCUUCGGUGCUCCUAGGCCACCAGAGCAAUCAGUCAUUGCAAAAAGUUUCAGAGAUGCAAUUGCCAGAGAAGCUGACUUCGACCUUGAGGACAAGGUCGGUUUCAUUGGGGCCGGUAAUGUUAUGUGGGCUGCUGUACUGGAUUAAACCCGAAGGGAAGACAAGGCUCGGCCCAUCUAGAAGGCAGCUGAUCUUAUCACUAGCCAGCUGUCCCUAAAGAAUAAAGAAUAACACGUGAGGGACAUCCCAUGUGCUCCUAACGGCCUCGUCACCUGCGUGUGACUGAGGUUGGGGUUCUAUUUAUAGCUUGUUAAGAGUAGAGAGAAAGGUAUCUAAGAAAGUAGAUCAAAGUUGAUAGGAGAGGUGAGAGAACUCUCCAUAAACACUCUCAAAACCCUUGUAAUCUCUUGAUCUUUUGGGAAUACAAUCAGUGUUUCUUCAUA